AUGACUCAGUCACUGGAAUCGUUCAUGAACAAGGUGAUAUCGGUGAUAACAGGUGAUGGUCGCAAUAUUGUCGGUCUUAUGAAAGGUUUCGAUCAGACCAUCAAUCUUGUGCUCGAAGAUUCCCAUGAACGCGUGUUCAGUGAAGAGGCAGGUGUUGAGCAGAUCCCACUCGGUUUAUAUAUUAUUCGAGGCGAUAAUGUUGCGGUGGUUGGUGAAUUGGAUGAGGAUUUGGAUAAGAGGCUUGAUUUCGAGAAGAUGAAAGCGCCUCCGCUAGGGCCGAUUUGGAUCCAAUAUUAG